AUGAUGAGCAACUACCCGGACGGCGAGGAGGACACUGUGGCGCUGCUGGCGCAUGACACCGGCGGCAGCAAGGAGCCGGAUCGGGGCAAGGAGGAGCUGAGCGCGGACAAGGGCCCCGAGAAGCCGGACCCCUCGCAGAAGCCCCCCUAUUCCUACGUGGCCCUGAUCGCCAUGGCCAUUCGGGAGAGUGCGGAGAAGAGGCUUACGCUGUCUGGGAUCUACCAGUACAUCAUCAGCAAGUUCCCUUUCUACGAGAAGAACAAGAAAGGCUGGCAGAACAGCAUCCGCCACAACCUCAGCCUCAACGAGUGCUUCAUCAAGGUGCCCCGGGAGGGCGGCGGCGAGCGCAAGGGCAACUACUGGACCCUGGACCCCGCCUGCGAGGACAUGUUCGAGAAGGGCAACUACCGCAGAAGACGAAGGAUGAAACGGCCUUUCCGGCCGCCUCCGACCCACUUCCAGCCGGGCAAGACCCUCUUCAGCCCCGACAGCUACGGCUACCUGUCCCCGCCCAAGUACUUGCAGUCCACCUUCAUGAACAACUCGUGGCCGCUGGCGCAGCCCCCCGCGCCCAUGCCCUACACGUCCUGCCAGAUGUCUGGUGGGAACGUCAGCCCCGUCAAUGUGAAAGGACUCUCGGGCCCGGCGUCCUACAGCCCCUACUCGCGGGUGCAGAGCAUGGCGCUGCCCAGCAUGGUGAACUCCUACAACGGCCCCGCCGAGCUGUCCAUGAUGCACUGUUCUUACUGGGAGCACGACAGCAAACACAGCGCCCUGCACUCCCGCAUAGACAUCUAG